UGCAAACUGAGGAGAAAGGGAAAGCCAGGGGAUCAGACUGCCUGUGAGUAGGCUCGUCUGUGGUCUCUCAGCUUUUCUAUCAACAGGAAUCUGAGGAAUUACUGCCUCACUAAAGUCUGCUGCUGCUACAGAUUCAGUGCAGUUUCUGCUCUCUGAUGCCCUUUCACUUCUUUUCUCUCCUUUACCUCUAAAAUGAUAGAGUAGAUGAAUGGCAGUGCAGGUGUAUCUGUGUUGAAAAGGUGGUGAUUUGGUAGAUCCUUGUGCUGAUGUCUGUGUUUAGAAGCAUUUAUGUAUUAGUAAAAUUACAAGAGAAAUUUAGCCCACUGAAGAAUGUUUCUUUGUCUUGUGGAUCUAUUUCUGUUGAAGUAAACUGGAAGAGAGGUGAGUGAAAAAGGGAUUUGGGGGUCAGUGGGUGUUACAGCAGGGCAGUAAAAUCUGUAAAGAUGUGUGGAUUCAGCAGUGUGCAGCAGUGUACUGGGGAUACUGGGAGCUGUAACAGUGCCACAGGGAAAGGACAUGGGUCACAACAGCCCCAUUCCUAUCUCAUGCAGUUAAAUUCCAGUGGAGUUAACCUCCGUUAGAAAUGAGAAAACCUGUUUGUGUUCUGACAGUGGGAGUAGAAAGAUGGGAUUCUAAUAUGUUGGCAUAGACCCCCCCCAAAUAGGGGACUAUGGAGGAGUCAUUUAAUCUUCUGAUGCCCAAUGUCUCCCAUUUCUCAGAGUGAGCUUGCUGGCAACAGUGGAGGUGGAGUGCUAUGUGUGCCAGCUGUAGGGAAAGCCUCAGCGAGGCGCUCAGAGCAAUGAAGAGGCUUUCUUUCACUGUUUUUAAUGGUCUCAAUUUUUACCUGUUCUGCUGCUGGCAAGUCUGAUGAAUUGUAACUUCCUACAGUUUGAAUCACCAUUUUCUUCUACCUGUCCAACAGUUCACUUUCUGAUUGCCCUCCUGGUGCACUUAAUUUAAGAUACAACACAGGGAGGGCAUCCUGUUCCCCUGGGCUCAUGAGAGCAGCUGGGCUGAGAACCACUGGCAGCAGCUCUGGCAGCUCCUGUGAGAGCCUGUCCCUAUUCCAAUCUGCUGCUGCUUUGUCCUCCUUCCAGCACCUCAGCAUCACAGGAUGGCUGACAUGGGAAGGGACCUCUGGGUCAUCUGCUCCAAUCCCUGCUCCAGCAGGGACACCUACCUCAGGCUGCCCAGGAUCAUGUCCAGAUGCCUUUUGAGGAACUCCAAGGAUUAGACUCCACAACCAAUCUGGGCAACCUGUGCCACUGGAGUGAAGAUGGGAGCCACCACUGUGCCUCACUGGAUCGUGCUGCCCAGGGCCCAAAGGAAGGCAAGAGCAAGGGGCAGAGCAACAGGCUGGCCUACACUGUCACUGACAUACCCCCCUGGUACCUGUGCAUCUUGCUGGGUAUUCAGCAUUUCCUAACAGCCAUGGGAGGUCUGGUAGCCAUCCCACUGAUCCUCUCCAAAGAGCUCUGUCUUCAGCAUGACCUCCUCACCCAGAGCCACUUGAUAAGCACCAUCUUCUUUGUCUCAGGAAUUUGCACCCUGCUUCAAGUCCUCUUUGGAGUCAGGCUGCCUAUUAUUCAAGGAGGAACUUUUUCCUUCUUGACCCCCACCCUGGCCAUGCUGUCUCUCCCCAAGUGGAAGUGCCCUGCCUGGACGGAGAAUGCCACGCUGGUGAACGCUUCUUCACCUGAGUUCAUUGAAGUCUGGCAGACACGGAUUCGAGAGGUGCAAGGAGCUAUCAUUGUGGCUUCUUGCUUUCAAAUCUUUGUUGGAUUUUCUGGCCUUGUUGGAUUUCUGAUGAGAUUCAUUGGCCCCCUGACAAUAGCCCCCACCAUCACCUUGGUUGCUCUGCCUCUCUUUGACUCGGCUGGGGAUAAAGCUGGACAGCACUGGGGCAUAGCAUUCAUGACUGUUUUUUUCAUAGUUCUGUUCUCUCAGUACCUGAAGAAUGUCCCUGUGCCACUGCCAUCGUAUCAGAGAGGCAAGAAGUGCCACUUCUCCCCCAUCUACAUCUUCCAGAUCUUCCCGGUGCUGCUGGGGCUGUCCCUGAGCUGGCUGCUCUGCUACGUGUUGACGGUGACUGACGUCCUCCCCACGGACCCCACUGCUUACGGCCACCUGGCACGGACAGACACCCACGGGGACGUCUUAUCUCAGGCUCCCUGGUUUCGGCUCCCUUACCCAGGACAGUGGGGAACGCCAACAGUCAGCUUGGCUGGGAUAUUCGGCAUCCUGGCCGGGGUGAUCUCCUCCAUGCUGGAGUCCAUGGGGGAUUACUAUGCCUGUGCCCGCCUGUCUGGUGCCCCACCACCACCGAAGCAUGCCAUCAACCGUGGGAUCGGUGUGGAAGGCAUUGGCUGCCUCCUGGCUGGAGCCUGGGGAACAGGAAACGGCACCACGUCCUACAGUGAGAACGUGGGGGCCCUGGGCAUCACCAAGGUAGGGAGUCGCAUGGUGAUCAUUGCUGGUGCCUGUGCCAUGCUCCUGAGCGGCGUCUUUGGGAAAGCGGGGGCAAUGCUUGCCAGCAUACCCACUCCUGUCAUCGGAGGCCUGUUCCUCGUGAUGUUUGGCAUUAUCACCGCAGUGGGGAUUUCCAAUUUGCAGUACACGGAUAUGAACUCCUCCAGAAACAUCUUUAUAUUUGGAUUCUCUGUGUUUGCUGGACUCGCAGUUCCCAACUGGGCAAACAAAAAUCAUACGCUGCUAGAAACAGAAAUCAUCCAGCUGGACCAGGUGAUCCAGGUGCUUCUCACCACUGGCAUGUUUGUGGGUGGGCUCUUGGGGUUUAUCCUCGAUAACACCAUUCCAGGAACACAGGAGGAGCGGGGUCUCCUGGCAUGGAAGCACAGCCACAAGGGAGAGGUGGACAACUCCCAGCUCAUUUCCAAGGUCUAUGAUCUUCCAUUUGGCAUAGGCACAAAAUACUGUGCUGUCUCUUGGUUUCGGUAUCUCCCUGCUUGCCCCCAAAAACUACCUAGUGGCAAGAAAAUGGAUGAACUGAAGGCUGCUGGACAAGAAAGCAGUGUUAAAGCAAGCUUAGAAAGAGACUCUGAGAUAGGUGCUGAUACAAGGAUAUAAGCACCAGGCCUGAAGAUAAACUCUUCUCUCAAGCAAAGGUAUGAAAAGCAUGUCUGCAGCCCCCAUCAUUUGAACUGGAGCAAGAGAAUGACAAUGCCUUUCUUUUCUUAACUGUCUCCAGUGCCACUGGUGACCUUGAGGGAAUCAUUUUUCUUCUCCCUGCUCCUGCCUGCCCACCUCUAGGAAGGACGCAGUACUGCUUUGGGAAAUGCCUAGGAAGGAUGUUCAGUUUCCUUCCUUGCACUGAGCCUUGGGAACCCUGAGGAACAGUUUUUAGGCUGAAGCAGAACUCUUCCUUUCCCCUGUUCUGACUGCCCUUGGGGCCACAGGAGAAGGCAUCUCUACCAUGCUUAUGCAUCCUUUGGGCUGAGGUUUAUCCCCUCCACCUUAAUCAUCUGUAAUGGCAAGGUUCACCUCUCAGCUUGUGGUUUACACCUUUUCCUGGCCAAAGGAAAGAAGUGGGCACCUGUAGGCCAUGACUCCUCUCUCUCCUGUGAUGCUUUAAAGUCAAAUGAAUGAUGUUGGAAAAGCAGCAUCUAAGGUUAAUGGGAUGAAUUGUCUUCUGAAGUUGCCUCUCCUUACCUACACUGCAGAGAGAUCUACAGACUCCACUUAGGUUACUGAUCUGUUAGAAACAACCAGCUUUACUGAAAGAAAUUCAGCUGGGAUGCUGGGAGCCAGCUUCCCCAGGGUACCAAAUUGCACAGAGAUGAAGGAAUGUUUAUCAGAGAUGAAGGACAAAACUUCUGCUUGUAGUGUGACAUACCUCUGCUACUGCUAAAUUCUGUGUGUCCCCACUGUCCUUGACUUGGCUUGGUGAUUGUGUAGUGACAGCCACUUCUCUAGAAAACAGCUUGCAGACUCUUGCUGUUUUCUACUCUCAGCACAAACAGCCUUAACCUGUUAAUAAUGUGACUGCACGUGGUGUUGGCUGCUGCUGACAUGUAAUAAUAUUGCUAUAGCAUUAAGCUGUAAUUUCCUGCACUGAGAUUUAUACUUAAAUAUAUUUUUUGGGAAAAAUAAAUAACACAUGCAACUGAAUGAUAUU